UUUGUUUAUCCUUUAUCAAGAAAAGUGAUAACAAUGAUGUCAGAAAAUUGCAAUUGCAGACAAAUAAAUUGAAACUGAAGAGAAUUCCGUUCAUAAAUUCAAUUGCUCGUCCUAGGUUUCCAAGUUGGAUUCAAUAUUCGCCCACUCACUUGAAACACAACACUACAUAAUCAUCGAUUCAUUCUUCGCUAUAUUUUUGGGUAGCAGAAGCUGUGAUGUAGCGAUUAUGGACUCAGGCCCUUCGAUGUCUCAGUCUAGUGUUCCUGCCAUGAAAUACGGUGAGAGUAGCUCAGAGAGCCUACUCAGAACAGAUUCGAUCACAAGCUCUCCGAGUAUAAGCAAUAAUAUGUCUUCUCCGGAGGCUCGUAUGUUGAGGAAGAGUUUAAAGUUCUUUUUUAUGAACCCUAUACAAAAAUGGCGUGUCAGGAGGCAAUUCCCGUUUAAAUUUUUCCUUCAAGUUGUGAAAAUUAUUUUGGUUACUUAUCAGCUGUGUAAUUUUGCUGAAAAUCGUUACAACCAUAUGGAGUAUUCGAACAACAAUCGUGUUUCGUUUUCGCAUUUAUUUCUGAAAAAUUGGGACGAUUCGAGGGAAGUAGUGUCAUAUCCUCCGGAAGCUGGACCUUUGGCGUUGUAUAGAGUGGACGAACUUCACGAUAAUAUUAAUUUCGCUGUUAAAAACUAUCACGAUUUGUCCAAUGCGAUUGGUCCUUAUAAUCAUGUUACUCACGAGCACGAGAUUAUGCCAGUCGAAUUAUGUAUUGAAAAUUACCAAGAAAGUGAUUUUGAACUUCAACUUCCGCAAGAGAAUGUUACCAAACGUUGCUUGAAUAUUUCGUGGAAUGAUACGAAGAAUUUUUCGUUACACGACUUUUUACAUAAAAAUAAUGUAACGUUGAAUUUCAAGUUUUUGGCUGAAAUUAAGCUUCGUUUCGAUCUGCACGCUGUUACUUACAAAGCUCCUGGGAAGCACUGUAUUAAAUUUCAUAUCGAGAUCAUCUACGAUAAUAAAAGAUUAGACGGUCAAAUGAUAAUGUCAUUGAAAACAACUUUAAUAAGAGUUGGAUGUUCCGAUGAUAUACAUUAUGCCAAUUUUAAUCGUUCUGAAAGUUUUUGGGAUACUGCAAUUGAUGUGAUUGUAAUUUUAGUUUGCUUUCUAUCGAUGAUCUUGUGUAUUCGGGCCAUUUAUAAAGCUCAGCUGCUGAAGUACAGAACUAUGAAUUUCUUUAGAAAUGUUAAAGGAGUAGAACUCAGUAGAGAAGGCCGGUUGACAUUUUAUAAUUUGUGGUACAUGAUGAUAAUCACGAACGAUAUAUUGAUCAUCGUGGGAUCCUAUGCUCAAUCAUUGAUUUCGAAAAACGAAUACUUGGGAGAUACAUGGAGUAUUUGUAGUCUUUGUUUGGGAACUGGAAACAUGCUCGUUUGGUUCGGAGUGUUACGAUAUUUUGAAUUUUUCAAGACUUAUAACGUGGUUAUGUUGACUUUGAAAUGCGCUUUUCCGAAAAUAUUACGAUUUUUGUUAUGUUCGCUGAUUAUUUAUGCUGGUUACGUGUUCUGUGGCUGGCUAGUUCUUGGUCCAUUCCAUAUUAAAUUCCAUAAAAUAUCCACCACAUCGGAAAAUUUAUUCUCGUUGAUCAACGGAGACGAUAUGUUUGCUACGUUUACAAUUUUAGAAACGGAUUCACGUAUUGUGUGGUGGUAUUGUCGAAUAUACAUCUACUCGUUUAUCAUGCUGUUCAUUUACGUUAUUCUCAGUUUAUUUUUAUCUGUGAUAAUCGAUGCCUAUGAAACAAUUAAGGAUUAUUACAUUCAUGGAUUCCCAAAAUCCGAUUUACAGCAUUUCAUUUACGAAAACUCGAACGAAGACGAUGAUGAUUUUUUAAUCGGUACACAACAAGGGUACAGUCACGGAAUAUGGUGUCUUACGAAGGAUUUUUUCAGAAUAUUAUUCAAAUGUCAAUGGAGAACAAAAGAUCCUCCGGUACAGAACGAACCCACUCAGAGAUGAAUUAUCGUGAUUGGUUAAAGUUACAAAUUCGAAAAACUUGAAGACUUGAAAUUUUAUGACAUUUCACAUCGCUAAAUCAAAACCUAUUAAUCACACGAUGUUACCAUUAAAUUAACCGGUGAUGAUAUCAACAUUUUAAAUAUUAAACUGUCACAUCGUCGAAACUUUUCUAGUUUACAUGUUCUCUCUGUUGUAUGUACAUUUGUACCUAUAUAUUAUUUAAAAGUAAUAAGAUUCAUUACUCGUUGUUUUAAGGUUGAUAAUUGGAUAAUAUCUCUGAUGUUGUUUUUGGGUGUUGCUAUUUUUUCCAUUAAUUGGAAAUUUGUGUUGUUCAGAAAUGCAAUUCUUCGUGAAAGUUAGGUGUACCUAUUAUUUUUUCUGCGCACAAAUUCGUGCUGAUUUGUUGAACGCUUCGAGUUGUGAUACCUGUUUGUAAGUUUUAGUCAUUUAUUAUUUUAUAUUUUUAUGUUUUAUCGAAUUCUUAAAUUACGAGAUGAAUUCUAAUGUGUUCACAUAAGCAAGUAUGUAGUUGUGAAAUGUUAUCAUUUUUGUUAUACCUAAAUGAAUUGUUUACUUAUGAUGAUGAUGUUCGAUCGUGUGCUUGAUUAUUGAUUUUACUCUCUAGUUUGUAUUUUUAAUUUCAUUUCUUUUUAUAAUAAAUCUCAUCGUGUUUGUUUUCUUAUAAA